AUGACCCGAGGUCUGAGGGUUUGGACGGAUGGCGCAUGCAGGGGGAACGGGUACGACGAUGCCAUAGGAGCUGCUGUGGCAAUGUUUAGCUGGCCUCUGGGCCGCCGCAAGCGUCGAAUCUUACCCCGAUACUCUGACCCGCGCCCGACAAGCCAACGUGCAGAGUUGACGGGCAUCGUUCUGGCCCUCGAAACAGCGCUCAGCGCCAAACAAAGAGGAGGGAAGAAAGGGAGAUUCUACGAGCUUAUUGUGAACACCGAUUCGAGAUAUGCCGUGGGGUGCAUGGUCGACUGGUUGGAGGGCUGGAAAGACCGUGGCUGGAUCAAUUCUCGCGGUCUGCCGGUUGCGAACCGCGAUCUUAUUAUAGAAGCGUCUGAUCUCGUGGAUGAGCUCGAGGACGAAUACUCCUGCUCGGUUUACUUCAACUGGAUUCCCCGUGAGGAAAACACUCGCGCCGACGAAUUCGUAAAGGAGGUCUUGGAUGAAGCGGACUACGACUCAGACUGAAACUUGGUCCGGAGUAUUUGACAGUGCUGUCAGUGUAUGUAGUCUAG